AUGGAACAGUAUAAAAGAGUUGAAGGCGGCGAUGAUAAUGGUGGUGGUUCAGAUUGCAUUGCAUUUGCUGUUGUUAAUAUUUUCUACAAAAUGGCUGCCAAUGACGGAAUGAAGAUGACUGUUUUGAUUGCCUAUCGUUUUCUCUUUGCUUCUGCUUUUAUUCUUCCUCUUGCUCUUUUCCUUGAAAGGGGUGCAAUGGCCCAAAAUUUAUAUGCACAAAGUUUGGUUUUAACCUCAGCAACCUUUGCUACUGCCAUGACUAAUCUUGUUCCUGCCCUCACCUUCAUUUUGGCAACCUCUUUUCGGUUGGAGAGGCUGGGAUUCGGUACAACAGCAGGCAAGGCCAAAGUGUUGGGGACUUUAAUAUGCAUAGGUGGGGCCAUGCUUUUAACGCUCUACAAAGGUGCAGAGAUCGACAUCUUCUCUACAAACGUUAAUCUGUUGCACAAAAGUCAGCCCCAUCGGGGUGGACACGUGGCGUCAUCACACGAAGAAGGAGGCAAUCAUGCGUUGGGAGCUCUAUUGAUUGUAUGCUGUUGUUUCUCCGCUGCAGCCGGAUUGAUUGUUCAGGGGAUUGUGGCUUCAGGCGUUACGUGUACAUUCAUGGCUUGGGUUGUACAAAUGAGGGGUCCACUAUUCGUAUCAAUUUUUAACCCUCUGAUGCUAGUACUUGUGGCGAUCGCCGGGUCCUUGUUGUCACAGGAGAAGCUACACUUGGGCAGUGUGCUAGGAGCUGUGGUAAUAAUAUGCGGAUUAUACAUGAUUUUAUGGGGGAAAGGUAAAGAGUUGAAGAGAAUUUAUCAAUUAAUACCAUCAAAGAACUCCAGAGAAUUAGAAUGUAUUGAGAUCAUUGCUACUUCUUCGACAGAAAAUAACAACAACAUGAUUAAUAGCAACAUAAUAGCAAUUGAUUCAGACAACAUUACAUUGUACAAUAUUGCUUUAGAUGGAGACAUAUCAAAGAUGAAAAAUAUUGGGGAGGGAGAGGAGAGAAAGAAUUCCAAACUCGAUGUUAAUUAA